UAGAAAAGCAGAAACCAAAAACACAAUGAAGUACAGCUGCUGCUGCUCUCGUCCCACCUUUGCCCUCAUCUUCAUUUCUUUCCUCUUCCUCUCCUCCUCCUCUCUUCUCCCCAUCUGCAUUGCUUCCAGUUCUGAAGUGGGGGAAGAAACUCCAUUUACUUACAUUGAAGGGACCGGUAAAGGGCCAAAUGAAUGGGGCAACAUCAGGCCAGAUUGGAAAGUUUGCAAUACUGGAAAAUUGCAGUCUCCUAUUGACCUUCUGGAUGGAAGAGUACAGGUCAUGUCUAAUUUAGGGAAAUUAAAGAGGGACAACAAAGCAGCUCCAGCUGUUGUGAAGAAUAGGGGACAUGGUAUUUCAGUGUGGUGGGAAGGGUAUGCAGGAAAAAUCAAUAUAAAUGAAACUGAUUAUAAGUUGACUCAGUGUCAUUGGCAUUCACCCUCAGAGCACACAUUCAACGGAGCUAGUGCCUCAGGAAAGACUGCAGUUAUCGGAAUUGUCUACAAAUAUGGCCGCCCUGACCCCUUGCUUUCAAGGCUGCUCCAUCACAUAAAAACAGUUGGAAAAAAUGAGAGACCAAUAGGUAUUCUUAACCCAGGAGACAUCAAGUUUGGAAGCAGAAAGUAUUACAGAUACAAUGGUUCACUUACAACUCCUCCCUGCACUGAAGGUGUUGUUUGGACAAUUGUCAAGAAGGUGAGGACAGCCUCAAGAGAGCAAGUAAAAGCAUUAAGGGAUGCUGUUCACGAUGUAAGUGCUUCUUACAAGUGGUUGUGGUAUAUUAUUCUGCAUUUGGAUGUCGAUGCAUGCCUUUGGAUGCAGCCCCACAUGGAUAUGAGGCAAACGCGAGACCAACACAAGCACUGAAUGGAAGACCAGUAUGGCUCUACACUCCGAGCAAGAAGUAUUGGUGAUUGUGCAUAUGUCUAUAGUAGUGUGUAAAGAAACUGAACUAUAAAAAUGGUUGCUUUAGCUGUCAUGAAGCAACGAUAUGAAUAAUGUCUCCGAAUGAGGCAAAAGCAAUGAUUUUUGUUUUGAGUCUCUUCAGUCUGGAGUCAGUCCCUUGAUUUUUGGUUUUUUUUUUUUUUUGGGAUAUGAAGUAAAUGCGAGACCAACUCAAGCACUGAAUGGAAGACCAGUAUGGCUCUACACUCCGAGCAAGAACUAAUAGUGAUUGUGCAUAUGUCUAUAGUAGUGUGUAAGAGAAACUGAACUAUAAAAACGAUUGCUUUAG